AAAGACAAAGUUGUUGAUGGAGCUGGAUUCGUAAAAGACAAAGCUGGCGAAGCAUAUGAUACUGUUGCACCUAAAGUUGCUGAAGGUGCCGAAUAUUUAAAAGAUAAAGCUGGUGAAGCAUAUGAUGCUGUUAAACCAAAAGUUGUCGAAGGUACAGAAUAUUUAAAAGAAAAGGCUGAUGAAGCUUAUAAAACUGGAAGUAAACUCGCCGAUGAAUAUGGUGAAAUUGCCAAAGAUAAAUUAUCUAAAAUUGCUGAUGAUGUCAAAGCUUCAGCUCAAAAUUUUGCUGAUGAUGCAGUUAAAGCUAGUCAAGAAUAUGCAAACGAAGGUGUAAAACAAGGUCAAAAAUUAGGUGAACAAGCUUUCGAAGUUGGUAAAGAUAAAGCUAAUGAAGCACUUAAAGCUGCUAAACAAGCCAGCAUCGAUGCAUAUGAAGCUUCACUUGAAUUAGGUGCUGAUGCUGGUAAAAAAGGUCGAAAAUUAGCUGAACAAACACUUGAAUUGAGUCGAGAUAAAGCUAAUGAAGCAUUGAAAGCAGGUAGACAUGCUGGUGAAGAUGCAGUUGAAUCAGCGCAAGAAUAUGUCAAAGAUUCGAAAAAGAAAGCACAGAAAAAAGCAAGAGAAACUACUGAAGAAGCAAGUGAAGCAGCACAAAAACGUAAACGAAAAGCUACAGAAUUCUAUGCUACUCGAACAAUGUUAUUCAACUGUGAUUUUAACGCAGAAACUUCGCUCAGCUGCUCAUUUAUUCCAUCAACAGGUCCAAAUCUAUUGACUUUGUCUGCUAACGCACCUGAUUUGACAUCAUGUCGAAAACCUAAUCGACCAUUAUCAGAUGCUACAUCUGUUAGUAAGUUAUAUUCUAAUCAUUUCUAUUUCAAACUUACGUUUAUUUUAUUUUUUUUUGUUACUCCAAUAAAUGAUCAUAUGUGCAACUUACCUUAUAAAAUUAAUAAAUGGGAUAUGCAUUUUUGUUUAAGACAAAACACAACAAAUAUUUACACAUGUCCUACAUUUAUAUCAAAUAUGAGUGUGUGUGCAUCAGGUAAAUAUGGAUUCACUUUUACUAAUACUACAAAUAGAUUUGAGCGAACUUACACAUCAUUUGUGAGAAAUAGCACAGUAGAUGAACAAUGUCUGACUUUUUAUUAUUAUUUUACUGAUGCAUCAAGAAAUCCAAAGAUUGAUGUUCUAUUCGGAUCACCAUUUGGAAGUAGUCUGGAUGAUACUAUCAUUGUUACAGUAAUACCUCAAACAGACAAUAAAUGGUAUAAAAGUGAAACUUCAUUUUUCAUAAAUUUUACAAAUUAUGCACUUAAAUUCAAACUAACUCGAGAUAAUGGUAUUGAUAGUACAGAAUUUUAUUUUGCACUUGAUAAUAUAUUAAUUACAAGUGGAUUGUGUGGUAAGACAUUCAUCUUUUUUUAA